AUGCCUGUUUUAUUAUGGAGCACGGAACCCUCAAAGCAACAUUUUACAGAAGUUUCUGCUUUUUCUAGAAUCAGUUCUAAUGACUUUACUGAUUACAUUUUAAAGAAGGUUAAGGCUGAAAAACCAGCAAUUAUAGUUUUUAUGGAAGAUUAUUUAAGUGUAGAAGAUUUCAGUUGGAGAGAUGAUAAAGGAAAUUUAGCUUUCCCUCAUUUGAAAAAAAUUUCCACUACGGCAAAAGAUUUUGCUUUUCUUCCAUCGGUAGAAAAUCCAAAAUUAGGUCUUGAAUAUUUGGAAUCAUAUGGUUAUUCUUGGAAACACUUUAACGAUAGAAAUGCAGAUUCUUUUAACAUAACCGGUCACAAUAUUUAUGAGUUUAAAUUUAAAAAUCCUCAUCGUGUUAUGGAUCGAAUGGAUAUGUUAAAGGAUCAUGAUAAAGAUAUGAUAAAAUUUUAUGAAAAAGCAAUGAAUAAAGAAAAAAAUAUUUUGGGUAUUUAUUCAGGAAAUCACAAUAGUUGGCUUGAAAAUGAAAUACCUAGGAGCAAGCGUGAAGUUUCAGAAGCUAACGAAGGCAGUGAUCUCAUUAUAACAGAUGAAAAGAAUUUAGUUAGAAUGACAGCCUCAGUACCAGUAUUAUAUCAAUACAAAGAUGGAGAUAAAAUGAUAUUGGCUAAUAUAACAAAAGUUAUCGGAACUCCAACGACUAACAUUGAAAAAGAUAAAAUAUCUAUGACAGUUAGAUUUGCAUUUGAAAAAAAUGAUAUUUCGGUAAAAUUUGAUUUUUCAAGCGGUGACAACGAUUGGUGGAGUUUAGAUAGCGCUGAGAUAUUACAUUCGAAACAAACAUUAAAUCCAACGGAAGAAGUCGGUGCACCAUAUGAUUAUUCUUACUUUUGUAAUCCUAGCAUUGUUUUUAGCUCUAAAGAAGCAUCGUUAACUUUUGAUAAUUUCCAAGUACAACCUAGAGUUGGAAAAGGUAAUUCAUUCGGCCCAGUCAUGCAUUGCAUUCCAUAUUUUUCAAUUGCCAUUUGGUCAGGUAUUGUAAUCGUUGCUAUACUUUCAAUUGUAUUAGCUUGGGGUAUCGUCAUGAUAAUGGACAUAAACACAAAUGACAGGUUUGAUGAUCCCAAAGGGAAAACGAUCACAAUAACCGCCACUGAAUGA